AUGAUGACCGAGGUCGUCGACGUCCUGGGGCGGCCGAACAAAUUCUUCAUCAAGACCCUGUCGAAGUUUGACCCAGUCGAGAAGGCGCGCCUGGAGCUGAUGGCGGGCGACACGGCCGAGGGUAAGCAAGCCUACGCUGCCCUCGCCACGGAGACCACGACGGACCAGGAGCUUCUGCGGCAGUUCCCGUCUGCGAAGCCCCCGCUGGAGCAGCUGCUCAGCAUGAUCCCCUGCAUCAAGCCGCGUCUUUACUCCAUCGCCUCUUCCCAGCGCGCGAUGAACAACAAGGUGGAGCUGAUGAUUGUCGUCAACGACUGGGAAACUCCUGGUGGCAAGUAUCAGAUCGGGACCUCUACGGACUACGUGAACCGUCUGGCCACCGACAAUGACCCCUUCUUGAGCUUCCAGGUGCCCUGCGGGAUCACCUCCGGAACUUUCAACUUCCCCCCCUCCAUGAUGCAGCCCAUGAUCAUGACAGGCUUGGGAACUGGCUUGGCACCCUUCCGAGCAUUCAUCCAGGAGCGUGCCUUCUUUAAGCGCCUGGGCAAGGACGUUGGGCCCAUGUGGCUGUUCUACGGCUGCCGCUACCGCGCGAAGGACUACUGCUACGGCGAUGAGCUGGAGGAGUUCCAGAAGGAGGGCGUGCUCACGGAGCUGCGCGUGGCCUUCAGCCGCGACCAGAAGGAGAAAAUCUACGUACAGCACAAAAUGCAGGAGGCCGCCAAGGACCUCUACAAGGACUUCGAGACCCACCAGGGCUACUUUUACCUGUGCGGGCAGGCGGGAGCGGUUGAGACAGACAUCGAGAACGCCAUCAAGGACUCCAUCAAGUCAGGCAGCAAGGGCAUGACCGACAAGGAGGCGCAGGACUAUGUCGAGAAGAUGCACGAGGACGAGGGCAUCCAGUGUGACGGAGCGGGACCUGCGCGCGAACGCCUGACGGAGCGGGGCCUGAAUACGUUCUACAUCAAG